UAUGCACAACCAAUCUUAAAGCUCAGCUGUACAGAAGGACUAAGAUGUCAAGCAGAAGGCGGCACAUGUAAAUAUAAUCAAUGUGGCAGAGCUGUUUGUUGUCCAAAAGAACAUCGAGGUUGUUGUCCACCGGUCUUAUUCUCACCUAUUGGUAUUCCAUCUACUCGUCGAUGUCCUCGACCUUGUACAACAGAUGCAUCAUGUUCUCCUAAUCAAAAAUGUUGUGGAAGUUGUCCUCGAUGUGUUGAUGCUGUAUAUACAUAA